UGAUUUUUGGGGUGAUUUUAAUUCGUUGAACUACAUGAUGGCGUUUUAAAUCUUAAAAAUUGAUUUUCUCAAAACAUCAAAAGUGAGACUCUGAUCGUUCUUCCGUUGAGGCCUUCAUAUAUAUACACAUAUAUGUUUCAUUUUUUAUUUAGGUAUUUGCAGUAUGCACUGACAACGAAAAUAAAAUGUCUAAAAUGAGAAAACUUUUGCAGGCUGAAGCCCCUAAGUUGAUAACAUUUGGUUGCUAUGCUCAUUUUUUAAAUUUGGUUGAAAAGGAUGUCUCUCCAAAGUCUAUAGUAAAGCAUAUUAUAGCAAUUCAUAAAUAUUUUCGUAAUCAUCACCAACCACGUAGUUGGUUAUUGGAAAAAGGUGGACUGAUGCCACAGCUACCUAAUGAUACUCGCUGGAACUCCCAACUAGAUUGUUUACAGACAUACAUAUCUAAUCAUUCUCUGUACGUUGACAUUAGAGGUGAGCAUAUGGAAUCCAUUGAUCCUUCGAUAGGAAGCCUAAUUGACAAUCUAUCAAUACAGAGAGAAGCAAUAAAUUUAUAUGCACAACUGAAAAUUGUUGGUGUUGCGUUAGAUAAGUUGCAAGCAGACGAUACAACUUUAUCUGAAGCAGUUGAGAUUUGGCAAAGCCUCAUACAUAAUGAAAAAUUGGCUUUGUACAAAGAUGAUAUUUUAAAGAGGUUCAAGAAGGCAAUUGUUUUAUGUCAUUUUCUUGCCAAUUUAACAGAUCCAAAAUAUGAAGGAAGAACAUUGGAUAGAAGUCAAGAAGAAGAAGCUGAGGAAUGGUUGAAUGAAGUCUAUCCUGAAUUUAUGCCAGGCUAUUAUGCGUUUAAACUAAAAGAUACUAAUUGUUUCCCAACAUAUUUAUUCAACGAUAGUGUUAAAAGCACAACAUCAGCAACAAAUUGGUGGAGAAUUAUAGAAAUGAAAGAAUCUAAGUCUUCCAAAUUGCCUGCAAAUUUUGCAAAAUUUUUACGGCAGUUGCACACUUGUCCAGCUAGUACUGGAUCCAUAGAAAGAUUUUUCUCAUCUUUUAGGAUUAUUUGGAGCAAAAUUAGAAAUCGUUUAGGAAGAGAAAAAGCUGAAAUGCUUGUACAAAUUUACAGACAUUUAAGAUCAAGAUGCACAAUUGCUGAUGACUUUUAGAUUACUUUGUUUUAAAUGAUUAAGCUUGAAUAUUAUUGCUCCAAGUAAAAUAAAAUUCUUGUUUAUGA